GACAUUCCUUGCACACAAGCUUCCAAACCGCUUCUAUCUUUAUCUAUUUGUCAUAUUUCUGCACAUGGGUCAGCGAACAAGUGGUAGGAAUUACACAAAUAUAACGAUGAAUGGAAUAUGUGGAGGAAGAUCGUAUGAGAACACUGUGCGAGAAAAGAAGAACUCGGCUACCUCCGUUUCACCUUGACUGACGGUGGUGGAGCUGGCGCAUCAGGCAGCCACACUGCUCCUUCAGCCUCAGGCCAGUGGAGUUCUUCGGCUUGUACUGAACAAUUCUGAUCGAGUCACGUCAUCAGCUGACGGAGCCCAGGAGAUUAGCUGAACAUAACAGAUUUUUCAUCAAGAAGAAUUAUACAGCAAAAUAGAAAUAAAAAAGAAAAUAACAAUAACGUGGACGUUAGAAGGUCGAGGAAGUGCAGGAGGGAGCUGGACUGGCGAUUACAAGCAGCGAAGGUGUGGCAGGACAAUGGUCGCUCGGGGAAAGCAAGACAUGAGGUUGUGCGUUGUGGUAAUAACAAUCUCCGUGAAAAUAAUAAACUAUAAUAUAUAUCUAAUUCAAAGUAUACAAUGGCCAUUUGCUGGAAACAGUAAAGGAUUUUCAAAGAAAAAACUUGAACAAAUAAAGAGCAGAUGGCGGUAUACCGCAGGUGACUAUGUGUGAGACAGAGAGCUGUUGGUUUCGGUGAGCGUGUUACCAGCCGUGCACGGUCAUGCAAUCUAGCGAAGGGCAACAUGCAGGAGGAGCGCGAUGGCAAAACUAGCGUGGAUGACAUCACGGACGCGUCACACGUGGCUGACAUCACAGGCACAGCAAUGUUGGCUGAACACCCGCCGUCACUACCACCCAAACGGCGAUCCUCCCAGGAUACUGAUUACAGGCAGCCUGGGUCAGCUGGGCACGGGCCUGGCCAAGCUGCUGCGAGGUAAAUAUGGAACCCAGAACGUCAUCAUGUCGGACAUCGUGAAGCCUACAAAGGACAUCGUCAACUCGGGCCCUUACGUGUUUGCUGAUAUCCUCGACUUCAAGUGUCUUCAAGAGAUUGUGGUGACCUACAGAAUAGACUGGCUGGUGCAUUUUUCAGCGCUUUUGUCAGCAAUUGGCGAGCAGAAUGUCCCUCUUGCUAUCAGAGUGAACAUUGAAGGACUGCACAAUGUGAUGGAGCUCAGCAAACAAUACAACCUUCGUGUCUUUGUGCCAUCUACCAUUGGUGCCUUUGGUCCAGACUCCCCAAGAAAUCCAACUCCCAACCUCACCAUCCAGCGGCCCAGAACAAUCUACGGUGUGAGCAAGGUUCAUGCCGAACUAUUGGGUGAGUACUACCACCACAGGUUUGGUCUGGACUUCCGUUGCCUGCGUUUCCCAGGUGUCAUCUCUGCUGACACCAUGCCUGGAGGAGGCACCACAGAUUAUGCCGUGCAAGUGUUUCAUGAUGCUAUUGAUGGACGAGAGUUUGAGUGUUACCUGAGGCCAACUACUCGACUCCCAAUGAUGUACAUUGAUGACUGUCUCAGGUCACUGUGGGAGAUGUUGGUGGCUCCAGAGGAGAAGCUCAAGCGACGCACCUACAAUGUCACUGCCAUGAGCUUCUCUCCUGAAGAAAUUGUGGCAGCUGUGAGGAAACACUUCCCAGACCUAAAGGCUACCUACAAGCCAGACUCCAGACAGAACAUUGCGGAUACAUGGCCUGAGAUCUUUGAUGACAAUGAGGCUCGCUGGGACUGGGGCUGGCAGCAUCACUAUGAUCUGGAGGCCAUGUGUGAAAUCAUGUUCAGUCUCCUUCAGCAGCAGCAGAAAAUGGAAAGUGUCUCAGGAAGGUGACUGCCCUGCAUAGGGCUAUGAGUAUUUCUUUAUGUAAGUUAUUAGAGUGCUAAAAAGCUAGACUCAUGGGAGGUUUUUGACUGAAAGUGCUUACAUAACACUAUCAUAUUACUCAAAAGUGUGUAUGUGUGUGUGUGUGUGUGUGUGUGUGUGUGUGUGUGUGUGUGUGUGUGUGUGUGUGUGUGUGUGUGUGUGUGUGUGUGUGUGUGUGUGUGCAUGAAGAGAAGAUGAGUACUGUGUAAAUUGAAUUAACAGAACAUCAUAUUUUCUUCCUCAAUCACAUAUUAGUCACUUUCUUUCUCUUUUUUAAAUAGUAUUUCCCUCUAGCAUGAUGCUUUUGUCUUAUUAAGAAUAUUCUAUAUACAUUCAUAUAGGGUACUUGUCUUUCUUAGCAGGGCAUUAGUUCUUAAAUAUAAAUGCAUAGUAACUUUUCUAUUUUCACAAACCACUUACAUACCUACUUGUGGAGACUUUAUGUAUUUGUAGUUUAGUUGUAUUUGCAUACAACAGAUAUCAUGACAGUAUUACAUAAUUUUAGGAUGCCUCACUCAUUUCUAUAUAUCCCAUUUAUUAGAAAUUUUAGACAGUUAAUGCACAAACUUAUCCUUCAAUUUUUGUUCUAUGCUAAGAAUGUCCAUAAAUGUACAAACCUACCAAAGUAAUGUGAUGACAUGAGAGCAAGAUGGACUAUUGAACUGUGAAUGUUUUCCUCUCCAUUAUAAUCAUUAGAGCAAAUAAUACAUUAUGCACUAGUCUGGUUCAUAUAAUAAUGUAUUUGUCUUUUCAAUUUAGGUUUAUGGAAAUUUGAUCAAUUCACUCACUGGGAUAUAGUAAAUGAUGUUUUGAUGUUAUACUGGUUUCUUCAAACCCAACAUAUUUAAGCACAAACCUUUUCAUGUCUGCAUCAUGUCAAGGAACAUGAUAGCAUGACAGUUCACUUUUUUUUUCUUUUCUUUUUUUUUCAAAAAAGAAAAAAUUUAUUGGAAAGAAAUUCCAUUAUUAUUUCUUACUUGGACAGCAAUGAUCAAUGAAGAUUGCUUAUUAUAAAAAAAUAUAUAUAUCUACUUCAAUACAUUUCAUUGCAGUCAAUGUACCCCAUGCCUAAAUUACAAUAAAAAGACAAGUUUGUUAAAAGCUAAAA